AUGGCAUCCUCAUCAUCUCCAGAUCGGUAUCAAUGCCAACCAUACAACUUGAACAACGUAACUCGAUUCUACCAGACGAACGCCUUCGCAGUGAAACAGAUCACAGUCAAGCCCCGGCAACACACCCUCACCUGGGUGAUGGGUAUGAUGCAGCGGAGGUUAUCAGUAUCGUUCCGGGCACCAUGGGACCAACCCCAGCCCAGUGUAUUGCACCGACGCCCAGGCAAGUGCCAACCCAAUGAUGGCUACACGAACGGUCAGCCAAAUACUACACUAAUUGUGAGGGCCUGGGUAUGA